AUGGGCGUCAAUYAUCACUAUAGCAACGGAUACAAUCCUGUAAGUUAGCGUGUGAACAAAUUGACUUGUUUUUUUUUUAUAUCUGUGACUCCARUUCUCAGUCAAACAUGGUGGAAGAGUCAGACACAUACCACAUCCGACCUAACCAUCGGCUGAAGUUUAAACCAGCUGUGGUAAAGGGAUACAUCCGUGAUAUUGUGAGGGAGCGUCUUUCUGACGUGCAGUACGAUCCAGAGACUGUUGCAGAGCUGACCUGUUCACUGGCCGAGAGCAUAAAGGACAAAGUGAAGACUGCAGAAUUUGACAGAUACAAGAUUGUUGUGCAGGUGCUCAUUGGAGAACAACGAGGUCAAGGAGUUAAGAUGUCUGCCAGGUGUUUGUGGGACGCAGACACGGACAACUAUGCAGAAGAUGUUUUCAUGAAUGACAGCUUGUUCUGUGUGGUGACAGUUUUUGGAAGCUAUUAUUACUGAAGACUUGAAGCAUGGAUGACAGCAGAUCCUUUUUAUAUAUAGAUACAAAAUGAACAUUUGUGAGACGCCGCACUGCCAGCUCUUCAGCCUCUGCUGAGUGGAAAUAUGUCAUUUCUGUCUCCUUCAGAUGUAUGAUUCUCACACAUCCUGUAUAGGACCUUUGCUGAUGUAGUGAUAAUAUAAUGAAUGCUCUCAAUGUAAUUUGCUGACUUGACAAGAUGGUUAUUGAUGACAGAAGCUGUUUGAACAGCUAAUUCUGGAUUGCACCUAAUGAUGUUCCAGUCUGGACUCCCAUGUGUUGAAAAGAUGGUGUUAGCUCAGCUGGGCAAAGGAACUUUCCCAAAUUCAUUUUAUUUUAAAGGAUAAUUCAAUAAAAUUAAAUUAUCUUAACCAA